AUGGCUGCAGACUGGAGGGAAGCCGCCAACAGUGAAAUGCACACCAUGAUGGGCAAGGCAAAUCUAUCGCGGCGUUUCUCCAACGUGAUCAUCGGGCUUCAUUCGGUGGCGGUGUGUUGCUUCGGCAUUGAGGUGCUUGCAUCCAAUACCGACGAUUACGAUGUCGAUGGAAUCGAGACGCCCAUUCGCGCGUUCACGUUGAAGCUACAGCUCCCGUCGCAGUGCAACGAGUCGCCGCUGUACGAGGUCGUAAUGUGUCUGGAGUUUCUUCAUCAAUUGGCAUCUUCCAUUGCGUCCGGCACACUUAAUUGUCUGCUCAUCACGUUAGUUCUUCAUGCGAGCGGUCAGAUAGAGAUUUUGUGUGACGCAUUGAGAGAUAUCUCUCUCAAAAAGAACAAUCAACAGCUAGCUUUCUCUAUGAAGGAACUGAUCGGCAAGCACCAGAAAAUCAUCAUCUUUUCGGAUAAAAUCGAAAGAAUCUUCUCCUAUAUAGCGUUAAUUCAAUUCAUGUCGAGCACAUUGCUGACCUGCUGCGUAGGAUUCACGGUUAUAUCAUCGAUCAGCACGGUGCAAGGCUCGGAUACGAUCGAUAGUGCGGCGUUAAUAAAAGCUGUAGUAUUUUACAUGGCCGCUACGGUGGAGGCGUUUAUCUUCUGCUUUUGCGGAGAGUAUCUCAGUGCCAAGAGCAAAAUGAUCGGCGAUGCGGCGUACAAAUCAAUCUGGUACGACUUUAAACCCAAUGAGAGCAAGUUCAUCCUGCUUAUAAUAUUGAGAUCUCAAAGAAGGCUUACCAUUACGGCCGGAAAGAUCAUGGACCUGUCACUAGAGGCGUUCACGACUAUUAUUAAGGCUUCGGUUUCGUACGUGUCAGUAUUGCACGCGAUAUACUGA